AGCUCUUCGCCAUUUGUUUUAGUCUGUGCCACUGCUCAGAGGAGUACACAAAACCUGAAUCAAACCAAGAUGCGUCGCAACCAGGUGCCGACCCUGCGUCGCCCUGCCCCGCAACACAAGCGUGUUUUACAGCGGGUACCAACGCCGCUGGGUCCCGGGGCGAUGGGCAGUGCGGAAGACUGUGCGAGAACUCCGGUAGCGGAGAAAUUGCUUCCGAAGGACGACGAGCAGGCGGAUCAUUCUGUUGCCAUGCCGGAAUGGCAGGGCAACAACGUCGACGUCCCUUCCUCCUCCUCUUCCAGUAGUAGUUCCGCGGCUGGACCAGGAAUAAAUCAAGCAGAAUUAGUACAUCAAAGCGAAAAGGAAAACAGAAAUCCUGGUGGUGGUUCUGGUGCUGACCAGGAGAAUCUUCUCAACGGCGCUGAAAGAACGAGCUACGUCGUGAAAAAACUCACCUCGCCUUCGAGAAACGUCCUGAGCACACAAAGUUCCGUCGCAAACGUCCCACCGGAAGAUUCGAAAUCUGAAGUAGAAGUGGUCAAGAAGAAGCGCACCCUGCAGCGCUCUUUCUGGCAAAAAGAACUACACGCCAAUAACACGUGCGACACACCGUAUCAAAUGCAAAAAAUGUCUGGGUCUGGAAGAAUGCCAGACUUGUCGUGCAGGUUUUCCAUGACCCAUGAGGUCUGGUAUGUAGGACAGAGCAUGACAGAUUCUGUGAGAGUUCUAUCAAUAUCAUGCCUAUCCUGCAUGAGAAAGUGCCUCGCGGUUGGGUCAAAAGUGGACAGCUUUUGCUAAUCACGCAACACAGAUUUUUACAUGAUUCAGAUUUAGCAUGACAAGUUGCUUUGUUCCAGACCCAGACAUAUUUGCAAUGCAUACACCGGAAGUAGAUGCGAGUAAAUUUUUGGCGAAUAGGAAGAGUGGGGACAACUUGACCGACUUGCUGAAGAGCAACGAGCUGAUUUCCACGAAAAAUCAACCGGCGAAACGACGUACGCAUUGCAAAUAUUAUCGUGCCUACUAGUAUGAAUUGCAUAAUACAAAUUUGCUCAGCAGGAGAGCUGGAAUUUGUCAUGCUGUUUCACCCUAAGGACAAGAUUUGUCAUGCAUAGUUGCAAUUAGAAGUACGACGAGUGCGAUGCUUUUGCAAUGCAUACGAUGCCGCCCGAGUUUAUCCACAGAAAAAAACCCAUCCACAUCCAUUUUUUGCAUGACAAACACAUGAUUUGAUACGUGUUUUGCAUCACUAAUUGGAUGUGGAUGGGUUUUUUUCUGUGGAUAGAGUUCCAACUCCCACAGUCCGGCGGGUAGAAUGAAGACGCUGUAUGAGGAGGAGGGAGAUGAUGUUGACAGUGGUAAGCAGGAGGGCGAGAUGAAGAAAAAGUCCGAUAAAAACGGUUCUUGUGCACCACCAGCUUCCGGCAUCGCUAUCGGAAGCAAGAAGCUGAAGCCGUCGGUCAGCAACGACGGCAUGUUGACAUCAAGCUUCGACCCCACAACAGCGGCAGCGGUGUUUGAUUUGAAGAACAAAAAUCCGAAUUACGACCCCCGCAGAACAACAACCACAAGUGCGAGUACGAGCAGCUGCAGACCGAGCCCACCGGGGGGCUCCGAUGAUCGACGCCGGACGCCGGGCGGUGGAGUUAGUAGCGGAGGAGGAUUUUACACCGGUAAUAGCAAUAGGUCUACUUUUGGAUCUUCAAGCGGGCACAGAAGGACGAACAGAGAUCUUUAUCAAGAUAGAGACAGGGAAGAUAGACGCUACGAUAGAAGCAGAAGAGACCAUGACAGCAGCACCUACCGCCACCGCGAUUACGAUAGCGGGUCCCGCUACGGACGAGAUUACAGCUGGCGUGGAGCUGAUACAACUGGUGAGCGCCUCCGCGAUAAGGGCCACGGCAGAGGUGGAGGACGGGAUUAUGAUUAUAAUCGGAGCUACGGUACUAGUUCUUACCGGGAGCGGGAUAGAAGCUUUGUCGCCCGCGACGAUCGGGGGAGCAAUAGAAAAAGUGAAGAUCUAACAAGAUCGAGAAAUGAAGAGAACAGCAGGUCGUGGGGAGAACGCGGCGCAAGAGGUGGUGGUGGGAGCGCUGGUACUUCUGCCUCUUCUCGUCCCGACGGGCGGCACGUCGGGAGUACUUCUAGUGGGGGCUACGGCAGAAGUAGAAAUGGGUAUGAUGAUAGCUGUGAAAUAAAUCAGGAACAGCUGCGAAGCGGUCGCGUUCACUACAAAGAUUCAUCUUCGUCCUCUGCUUUUCAUCGUCCGAGGAUUAAGAACGAAACUGCCGGUGAAGACGAGAAAGCUUCUGGCGUCGACGACAGAAGUGGUUGUGCCAACAAGGCGUCGGAACAUCUUCACCAGAGCAGCAAAGCUGAACAUCAUGCACAGGAGGAACAAGGGGAUCAAACCAAAUUCGAAUCCGAAACUGCAGGUCCGCCUGCUUCUACGACCAGCGCAGUGCAGCACCUGAAAGAAAAGCAGCCGAACAGCCUGAGUCCCCGGGAGUACCAGUUUCGAGAGGAAAUCAACACGACGAAAAACAUAUGAGCUGCAAAAUUAUCGUAGUAAUUGCAAUCAUGCAUGGCAAAUCUCUCUCUGAAGGGGAAUCCGCAUUACAAAUUCCAUUUGUCAUGCUGGCCAACUUUGUGAUGCGAUUUGUAUGUACCAAGUGCGAUACUUUUGCAAUUCAUAAAACAAAGGGUACUACAACCGCAGACGUUGUGAUCACAUAGGAGGUGAGCAGCCACAGAUUCUGAAGGAGGAAAAGCCGGUGAUUUCACCGGGAGAUGAGGUGGAAUCUAAAAUUUCAGCAACAGCAGGUGCAGGGAACAAGCAGGCUCAGGAACGCCGUUUGGAGGGAAAUUAUGACAAAAACGAACCGCACGACCACGAGCGACGACCCUCGUCUCUGAAAACAGAAGCAGAUGAGGAAGAGCCGAGGUUGUACUCGCAUUAUCAGCAGGUCUUUGACCAGGCGCAGGGACGGGGGAAUAAUUUCGCGGAUUUUCUCUUUUCUGAUUUGGUGCAAGAACCUGAUAGUGAACAAGGGCAGGAACUGCAAGAGACGUCUUCUGCACAGGUAGGGGAUGCUAAUGCGCCGUCCUCUUCCGGAGAAAUAGAAAAGGUACAGGGAGUAGAUGAGCAGCAGUGUCGUGAGCGAGCGACCACCGGUGGUGAAGUAGAAGAAGGCGAAUUCGCAGUGGUUACUGCCUGGCUGACAGAACAAGCGGUCGCGGGCGAAGCUGCGAAAGUUGCCGACGAAGUGACAGCAGUGGGAGGAGAUGCAGGGAUCAUCGUGGCUGCAAGCGAUAAUCCUCUCGCUGCAGCAGUGGUGAGGGUGACUACAGGCGAAGUGGGAGUUGUUCCUCUGCAGCACGACAAUAUUGAGAGUGCACUCGAGCAAGAACCACAGAUGAGCGACGCCAUAAAAGGUACAUCGUCCGAAAUAUUAGAUGAGGAUAGCCAGAAGGCACCAGUGGGCGGCGGCGCAACUACUACACUUCUAGCGGCAACUGAGAGCACUACAAAUGACCCCCGCGCGGCACGAGAAGAUGUGGGUGGCCGCGAAACGGCUGAGGGUGCGAUAAAAGACCAAUCCGAGCACGGGGCAGAAGCACCUGAUCAUGCACAAGCGCCACAAUUAGCUCCAGCCGCUCCUGCAGAGCCAGCGCAGCUGCAGAAACAAACACAAGCGGAAAACGACGUCGACAUGGAAGUUGUGGAAGUAGCAGAACAAGUGCCGCUGCUCGCGGUGGCUCCUGAUAGUACAACGGCACAACUACCACCAUCGAGCACGACACCAGCGGUGGAUCAGGAAAAGGAGCUGCUGACCGCAAAUAACGCAUGCGCAGCUGCAACACAAGUGGCGGAUCAUGCGCAGCAGGCGCCAGAAGAAGCCGUGUUCUCUUCUACAAAUAUAGCGCCAACGACUUUUCGACCCCGCAGCAAUACGGUGGAUGUGGUCACGGGCACCAGUGCCGCUAAUGUCACAGCAGCCACAUCAUCUUCCUCCACCACCGCUGCAUCAAAACUUGACCACGAAGUGACAGGAGGCGUGUACCCUGUGCAAAGGUAUCGUACUCGUACAAAUGCAUUACAAAUUUCCUCAACAUGAGAAAUAAAAUUUGUAAUGCGGAUUUACCUUAUAGAAAAAAUGCAAGAUUGCAAUACGAGUACGAUACUUUUGCACAGCAUAGCGUGAAAAAACCUACAACUUUCAGUCCGGCAAACAAGCCAAAAUCGCUCAAGCCGCCAAAUAGAAGAACCACACUGAACAACUCGUUGAAGAAUCUGAACCAGUCGGGAGGACAUCAACACAGCACAUCCUUGCAAAUUAUCGACAAACACACCAACAUGCAGUCUAUUCGCAACCGAACAUCUCUAGCGAUCGACAGACUGUUGUCUUCCAGCAAGCUUGGCGGUUACUGCGAGUUCAAGUCCGCAAUUGGGGAAAAGUUCCAGCCACAAUACCUGCACGAAAAAGAAGAAACCUUGCCCUGUUACGUGUCCGAAGUGAUCUUGCAACAAGAGCAGGCGAAGCAGGAUUUUAUCACCAGCGAGAUUUUGAAGCCGACAACGACAAGCUCUUCAAGUAGUAGAAAUAGGAUCCCGCGCAGUGAGCAGGAAUCAGCUUCAGCGGGAAGUGGUGCUGGUGCAGCUCUAAAGAGUAGCGCUUCUAAUGUAGCGAACACUGGUUCGGAACCAGGCCUAGCCCCUAUGGGUCCGAAAAGUAGUCCGACGUCAAGGUGCCCUACAUCUUCUAUGCCGAUGCGGAUGCCACUUCCGCCGCCGGCUGCCAUCGUUGCGCCAACGUCUACUUCUGGCACAUCUACUAGCAGUUCAUUUUCCGGGGGCUCCAGCUCAUCUUCCGGCACAGCUACUACGAGGCCAAACAAACACCAAAAGCCCACUGCUGCAUUCCUGAAAAAGCCUGCCACCACGCAGAUCAAGCAAGUUCAGGUUUUGAGUUGGGAGGAUUGGCAGGCGCAGAGGAAGCUGGUGGAUCUGAUGAACCGGCAAGCAAACGGGAACCAACGGUAUUCUUCUGUGAACAACUUCGGCGCAUAUGGAACAAGCAUGAAUGUUCUUGCGGGUGGUAGUAGUGGUAGCUCCUCUUCCUCUUCGAGCUUGCUCAACUCCACGGCUUUAUCCGGAAACAAUCAGUCGCGCAGGAUGUUGUAUCAGCAGGGAGGGAAACAGUUUCAUCCGUUUGGAAUGAACAACAUGUCCGCUUUCGCGAAGCAGAAACAGAGGUCUAUGAGCACGGACGGAAUUAGUGGAGGUUCCACGUUUGGCAGCAGCUACAAUGUGAAAGAGCAGUACGCCAAUCCGAAUAAGAACGCGAGAAACCAAAACCUGUUCAAACUGAUUUUUGGCAAAGACGCGAGCAAAUCCACUUCCUCGACCACAGGGGCAGUUGCGGGGAAUGCUAAUGUUGGCACUUCUGCUGCAGGAGCGCAAGUGUUGACUUCUUCAACUUCUGCAACACCUGCUGAAGAAGGUUUUGUUCCAGCGGCUCCUAGUUCUGGCGGAGAUUCUGCUGUUGAUGUUGACCCGAAGAUGAAGCUACAACCGGCUUCGGCAGCGGACGGAAACAAGGUACUUACCAAUGUAGCAUCACGUUUGUAUCUAUUAGAUGGAGCCUCUGUCAUCUAGCAGGUCGUGUUCGAUGUCUUCUACACGAUUUUCGUUUUUUUUUCUUUCAGCAAAAUGCAUGACAAAUUCAUCACUUAUUGUUCAUUCAAACAGGAUCAUCUUGCAAGACCGGCCGACAAGAAUCCGCUGGAUUUGGACGUCGACAUGAAGCCGGCAACUGACAUUCUGGAGUCGCAGCUCAGUCUAGGAACAAACGGUGCGUCGAAAGAACAAACUGAACCCGCCCCGGUAGCUGCACCCCUGUCCGCGGCUCAACACACGGAUAAUAUAGGAGAAAGUAGCGUCCUCGCGCCAGUCUCCGCUCCAGUAGUAGAAGAUGUCGAGAUGGCUGACGUCGGUUCGAAAGAGGAGGGCCUGUAUGCAUUGCGAACGUAUCGUACUAGUAUAAAUUAAUCGCAAUACAAAGUUUUCCAGAAAGGAAAAUGAAAUUUGUAAUGCUGAUUUCGCUAAGAAACAAGAUUUGUCAUGCAUGAUUGCAAUUAGUACGAGUGCGAUACUUUUGCAAUUCAUAGCCUGGCACGAGGAACAACAUCUUCUUCAUCUGCCAGCAAUCCCACAGGGGCAGCAGCAAGAACUUCUAUUCCUGCUAUGCCCCCACCAGCAUCCGAAAUAACUACACUUACCAAAGAACAACCCGCACAGGGCACCAGCGCAGUACGUAAAAAUCCGGUAGAAGUAGUAGCCCAGAGUUGUCAUGCAAUUCUGCAUGCCAAAGAAGUUUCUCUUCAUGCGGAGCCAUAUGAGAAGCGUUUCCUGUUCAUAUUUUGGAAUUUGUCAUGCUAGAAUCAGCAUGCUUUGCUAGAUCUGUGAUGCUUCUGAACUAGCUAAACAGGAUCACACUACGAGGACAAACCUGUCAUGCCAAACAACCAAAGCUAGCUGAUUUGUCUAGCAGAUUUCCCAUCUUGACUCUGGUGUGGGGACGUUUUUACACAGGAUAUGUCAUUCUGGAGUCGCAGCUCACUCUAGGUGGAACAAACGGUGCAUCGAAAGAACAAACUGAACCCGCCCCGGUAGCUGCUGCACCACUCGGGGCCCAACACACGGAUAAUUUAGGAGAAAGCACUAGCGUCCUCGCGCCAGUUAUCUCCGCUCCAAUAGUAGAAGAUGUCGAGAUGGCUGACGUCGACUCAAAAAUCAAAGAUGAAGUACUAGGCCCAACAUCUUCGUCAUCUGCCAGCAAUCCCACAGGGGCAGCAGCAACUUCUAUUCCUGCUAUGCCCCCGCCACCAGCAUCCGAAAUAACUACACUUACCAAAGAACCCGCACAGGGCACCGGCGCAGUACGUAAAAAUCCGGUAGAAGUAGCGAGCAAAUCCACUUCGUCGACCACUGGGGCAGUUGCGGGGAAUGCUUCUAAUGUUGGCACUUCUGCAGCGCAAGUCCAAGUGUUGCCAGCACCUUCAACUUGUUCUGCAACACCUGCUGAAGAAGGUUUUGUUCCAGCGGGGGUUCCUACUUCUAGCGGGCAGUCUGCUGACGUUGACCCGAAGAUGAAGCAAUCCGCUUCGGCAGAAAACGGGAAGGUGCUUUUACCAUUCUAGCAUGAUCACCUUGGUAUCUAUCAAGAACUUCUGUAGUCUUCCUAGCAGCACGUCGUAUUCGUCUACACUCACAAUUAUUUCCGUUUUUGUUUCUUUGAGGAAAAUGCAUAGACAGUUAUUGCUUAUUCAAACAGGAUCAUGUUGCAAGACCGGCCGAAAAGAAUCCGCUGGAUUUGGACGUUGACAUGAAGCCGGCUACUGAAGACGUUCUGGAGUUGCAGCUCAUUCUAGGUGGAACAAACGGUGCAUCGAAAGAACAAACUGAAGCCGCCCCGGUAGCGGCACCACUCGUGGCUCAACACACGGGAAAUACAGGAGAAAGUAGCGUUCUCGCGCCAGUCUCCGCUCCAGUAGUAGAAGAUGUCGAGAUGGCUGACGCCGGUGCGAAAGAGGAUGGCCAGGUACGAGGGGAGACACCUUCGGCAUCUGCCAGCAAUCCCAUAGGAGCAGCGCCAGGGGCCUCCAUUCCUGCUAUUCCAUUUCCACCAGCAUCGGAAAAUAAGACACUUACCAUGUUGCAACAGUCACAGGGCACGACGGCCAGCGCAGUACGUAAAAAUCCGGUAGAAGUAGUAGCGUCUGCCAAGAACACCAACACGACCUUGCCGAAAUUGAAUCUGAACUACAAGCCACCCAGUCGUGCAGUCCCACAACGACUGACCGGACCUACUGCGCAGUUGGUGACAGACGCCGAUUUACAGCAGCCAGCACGUGCUAUUGAUUUCUACGUCGGCGCGACAAGAACUGGAGGUAGUUCUAGUUCUAGUUCUGCUGAUGUUUCCCAACAGCAACAAAAAGCGCAAGAAGUUUCUGUAUCAGACCCGAGAAAACAGCUUUCCCCACACAAGAAAGCGCAACACCCCGCAGCAGCCACAAAGCUACCGAACAAAAUGCGGAAUGCGAUCAUCAAACCGAUGCAGAAUGUAUCACAGGAAAAAGUGUUAACGUCACCGAAAUUUGUGAUGCAGCAAUGCAUCACUAAACGUGCCAAAAUUUGUAUUGCGUAGCAUGCAUGGAAGGCAAUAUUUGUAUAUGCAUAGCUGCCAUCUGUGAAAACCGUGGACGUUAACACUUUUCUGCUUGAUAGAAUCUUUUGGAAAAAUUUUGGAACGAGAAAAAGCAGUGCUACGAAAGGAACAAAGAAUGGAGCCCGCAACUCUCCGUUACUCU